AGAUAAGAAUUGCUGCUAUAGAAAUAAACGUCUCAAUAUUAAACUUGAAACAAUAAUUAACAAUAUUUAUAUAAUGAUACGAAAUAGUAUAAUGAUAUAUCAUAUACUGUUAAUACUUACACAAGUUAUAUUAGAAAUAAAAGAAUUGUUCGAUACAAUAAUGAGAGAAUAAAAAUGAAUGAAAUUAGUGUUUCUGAAAAAAAACGAUUAGAAUCGCUAAAACAUAAAAAACAAAUUUUUAAAGCCAAAGAAUUGCUAGUGCAAAAUGCUUUAAAGAAUUUGGAUAAUAAAUCACAUCAAGGAAAAAUAAUAUUUGAUGAUGAUAUUGAUAAAAUUGAGCAACCUAAAAUCAAUCAAAAAGAAAAAAAAAGGAAAUAUUAUUUAUUUGAUAAUGAUGAUAAUCAUGAUGAAAAUAAUGAUAUUGAUAUUAAUAAAUUUGAAAUUAGAAAAAAACGUAAUAUUAUUUUGGGAAAUGAUGAACGAUUUAAACUUGAUAAACGUUUUAUAGAAAAUGAUCAAAAAUUAAAUAAAAAUAUUACUACAAAUAAUGAUGAAAUUGAUUUAUUAAAAGAAAAGGAAUUACAAUUAGAUAUAUUAGAAAAUAUUUUGGGAAUGCCUAUUACUUUAAAAAAUGAAAAUAUAAAUAAGGAUAUAAAACUUUUAAAAAAAGGAAUGAUUAGAUAUGAUCCUACAGAAAAUGAUCAUAAAGAAUUUGAAAUUAAUAUAGAGAAAUCUGAAUCAGAAACCAAGAAAGAUAAAAAAAAAAAAAAAAAUAAAAUUAAAGUUAUAAAUGAAAAUCCAUCUGUAGAGGUGUCUAAAGAUCUAUAUUUUUCAGUAUCAGAUUUAUUAUCAAAAAGUUUCAAAGAAGAAGGACAAUUUAGUCUACUAAAUACAUAUAGAAAAACAGUAGAUAAGGAAAAAAGAGAUGAUAAUGAUAAUAAUAAUGAUAAUGAUUAUGUGUCAAAUAUGUCAUUAAAAUCUCAAAAGAUUCAUUUUGAUUUCAAUUCAAAGAAGCUAUUUAAAUAUGAUUCUUCUGAUAAUGAAGACAAUAAUAAACAAGAAUAUAUAAAUAAUGAACAAUAUAUACAUCAUGAAAUUAAAAAUACAAAUAAAUUUUUCUUUGACAUUAAUGAUAUUCGUUUUAAUGAGGCAGAAAAUUUUUUUUCAAAAGAAUAUGUGUCAGAAGAUACAUUUAAAGAACUUAGACAAGAAUUAAAACAAAUUGUACGCUCAAAAAUUCAAAAAAAUUUGAAAAAGAAACAACCUUGGGGAUAUAAAAAGAAAAUAAAAAGAAAAUAAAAAAUCUUUAAUGUAUAUUUUUAUUAAGAUUUUAAAUAUGUAUAAGAUAUUAAAUUUAUAAAUGAAUUAGUAAAUUAAAUAAUAUAUUGAUAAAUAUAUUGAUAAAUAAUUAUCUCUAUAUUAAUAAUAAUUUUUAAAAAAGAGAAAUAAAACUUUGAAUGUGUCAUAUAUAUGAAAAUGUUAUAUGAAAUAUUUUAUAUAAAAUAUAAAAUACAAAAUAUCUCUUUUUUAA